UUAGAUUGCAAUCCUGUCCAGGUCAAGACCAGAAUUUGAGUGGCUUAGAUGAGUCGAACGCAGGAUCGAGUCGAGCCAAUCAUCAUAACCUCCGCCUUAUCCACACACCAGAGAUAGCGUAGGAGGAGAUAUGUCACGGGCCGCCACCGGGAUCUUCCAAACCAAGAAAUGGCCACCCCGGCUCUCUUCAUCCCCACCGUCGGCAAUGGCUUUGUGCGCAGCUCAUUCCCGCGCUUUUCCUUUCCUUCUCUUUCCGCCGCAAGAAUCAUCAAACCAGCCAGGAUCUACGCAAAUCUAGGUGGAGCGGAUGGAGAGGCGAAGCCUGCCAAGAAGAAGUUCAUCACCAGGGAAGAAGAACCAGACCAAUAUUGGCAGACGGCAGGUGAGAGGAAAGGGGAAAACCCCAUGAAGACACCUUUGCCGUACAUCAUCAUCUUCGGUAUGUCGACGCCUUUCGUCAUCCUCGCCAUUGCAUUUGCUAAUGGCUGGAUCAAGAUGCCCAUGAAGUGACUGAGAGAGAGAGAGAGAGAGAGAGAUGGCAGUUUAUGAUCGUUGUUUAGCUAACACAAAAACGUGUACUGUCUACUGUUUCGAUCAACAAAGGAGUUUGUCUGCGGUAA